AUCAGCUCUUUUCAAUUCUUCAUAUCCCUCAGCUACAGCCAUAUACCAAGCUUGAUAUAAUUCAUAGCUUUAUCAACGUCCGAUUUAUCUAAAGGAAUCAGCACUAUGUCUCAACAAGAUCCCGAGGCCCAACCGCUUACCGCCGAAGACUUUGAGUUUGAACAAUCAUCAUCGUUUCAAGAUACCUCUAGACCUGUCCCUUCUCGAUCUCCAUAUCACCUCCCAGCGUCUGAACAGCUUCAAGGUGUAGCGAACAGGAUCAUCUUUAGCCGUUACUAUAUCCUUUUCUAUGGCGCCAUGAUGGGUUUGAGUUUGGCGACGUUGGUGUUGAGUUUGGUUGCGACUCGUACGUUUUAUCAUUUCGUCAACAACUGCGAGAAUCGGAUGGCCGCUAACCUGGUGGUGGCUGUAGAUAAAGGAGAAUGUCCCUCGAUAGCAUGGCACAUUAUUGAAUUUGUUCUAAACGCCCUCAUGGUACUUGAGGUUACAACACGGUGGAUUGCCAAUGGAAGAAAAUACCCUAUGACCCCUCUCAACAUCAUCGACCUCACCCUCGUUUGCUUCUGCGUCCUCACCCUCCUCCUCGUCUUUUUCAACCCCUGCGGCUCCGGUACGAGGAACGAAGAACUGCUCGACACUAUCCUCAUCGUCGCCCGUAACACUGUCCAAUUCCUCCGUCUCGGGUCUAUCCUCCGCCGAUCGGGGCACUCGUGGCUGAACCCUCCUAAACCGAUAGACCUCUCCCAAGCGCGAGAUGCGUCGCGGGCGCUGGAUUUCGAUUUGGAUGAUGAGGAAGAUACGGAGAGACGGUUUUAUGGAGGUGGGAGGGGGAGGUCGUUGUUGAGUGGGGGUGGGAGAAGGGGGUAUGAGCCUGUGAGUGGAGAGGAAGAGUGGAUGGAGGGAACGGGGGUGAGGGAUAAUGCUGGGAGAGAACAGCUGAGUGAGCAGGAUCAAGAGUUGUGGGAUAGGUUAUGAGAUGUUGAAGCAGUGGGAACGGGGGAUGUAUGUUGUUAUGAG